UGAAUUAAACACACACAGGACCUAGAGAGAAACAAAGAAUGCUUGUAGAGUGAGCGGUUGUAACCCUUAGUGAUGUUAAUAAUUUUGGUUUGAUGAGCAGUUUAUGGUACUGCGCAGUGUUCACGUUCCUGGUGUUCUCAUUUUUAUUCCAGGCCUUCCUAAUCCAACAUUUGGCACCAGGAUUUUUUUUAAAAAAGCACAUCAAAUGUAAGCUUCAGUGAAAGAGACUUUGAGUUUUUUUCAUUUAGUGCUGAUGCAGAAAAUAUUCUACUGGCACUGAAAAGGUCUACAAAAAUAUCCAGUGUGUAUGGGACUGAGAGAACUGAGAGGCUCUGCCCUCAGGAGAGAGACAGAGAGAGAGACAGAGAGAGAGAGACAGAGAGAGAGAGACAGAGAGAGAGAGACAGAGAGAGAGAGGCGGUGUUCUAGCCAAUCAGUGAGCAGUAUCCACCCGACCGCCCUAUAAUUUACUUUCCCAAACUCGCUGCAUUGUCAUUAACGGAGUAGCAGCUUCAUCUGAGAAGAGUAGAAGACUAGAGCAAAAAGGAGCUCCAGAGUUUCAGCCCUUCAAGGAUUCGCCUUAACGGCGUCAAACAUUCUCCUUUUUUUAUUCUUAAAUCACACACCCAUCGCGAGAGAAGGACGUAACAGUGGGCGAUUGUAUUAUUUCUUGCUGUGUUUUUCUCCCCUACGAUGAGUGGAGCGACGUACGACAGGAAGCUAUCCGGCAUUUCUGCUGAUCUCUCCGGCUCUAUGAGCUGCCACCCGGGUUCCAAGGACUCGCCUACUCUGCCCGAGUCGUCGGCCACGGACAUGGGCUACUACACAACACACCAGGGCCACCAUGACUACUACCCGGGUCAGGCGUACGCUCAAGGGCCGCACAACCCGUCCUACCACCAGUUUAACAUGUGCGCUAUGAGCGGCGCGGCUUCCUACGGCGCCAAGGCCGAGUAUCCUUACGGCAACGCGUACCGCCACCAGUACGGCCAGUACAGCAGAGAAGGACACACACCACCCCAAAGCGCAGUGAAAGAGGAGCCGGAGACUGAAGUUCGGAUGGUGAAUGGAAAACCCAAGAAAGUGCGCAAGCCGCGUACCAUCUACUCCAGCUACCAGCUCGCGGCGCUGCAGCGGCGCUUCCAAAAGGCGCAGUAUCUCGCGCUCCCGGAGAGAGCUGAACUCGCUGCACAGCUCGGCUUAACCCAGACACAGGUGAAAAUAUGGUUCCAGAACCGGAGGUCCAAGUUCAAGAAGCUGUACAAGAACGGCGAGAUCCCGCUGGAUCACAGCCCCAACGCCAGCGACUCCAUGUCCUGUAACUCGCCGCCCUCGCCUGCGCUCUGGGACACCGGCGCGCACGCGAACCCGGUCAGCCGCGGUCACGUGACGCCGGUCGGGCUCAGCUCCUCGACGCCGCCCUACCCGGAAGACUACAGCAGCGCGUGGUACCAGCAACACGCCGGCCCCCCGCAAAGCGUCUACUGACCACAGACUUUCACUCUAAGAGUUUAAUAUAAGAAAAAAAAGGGACUGGACUUUAUUUUUGUAAUCUUUAUAUACACGAGCGCCUAGGCUGUUCGUACGAAGAUAAGCUGAAAGAGAGAGAGAGAGAGAGAGAGAGAGAGAGAGAGAGAAACAAAACGUGCUGAAAACACUUGAUAUUUUUUCUCUGAAAAUAAGUGACUGAUUAAAAGUUUGAUCAGCCUGAGAAGAGCAAAGAACAGAAGAGGAAGAGGAAGAAGUAGUAGAAGAAGAAGAGGCAAUAUUUCACUCUCUCCACUAUGCAGAUCCUAGGCCUAAAUUUAUAUGGCGUGGUUUUAAAUUAUUUUACUUACUCCAUCCCUUAUUCAUAUUGAUGUUUACGGAUAGCAAUGUUCAAAUAGACUAUUUUUUUUGUUUGUUUGUUUACAUGAGGAAAGAUACAAUAGUCCCCAACAUUUGUGCAGUUGCCCGGCACACCUACCACCACAAUGUCGCACCGCUUCAGAGACUCAGGACAUAAGUUAUACGGAUUUGUACAAAUUGUAGUUGUAUAUAGGCCUAUAUAUAUAUAUGUUCGUGUGUGUGUGUGUGUGUGUGUGUGUGUGUGUGUGUAUGUGUGUGUGUGUGUUUAAAUAAAACAGAACCACUAAUCGAUAUUGUUAAUCGAUAUAAACCCCAGUUUUUAUAGAAUUCUCGUGCUUUUAUUGUAAUGUUGUUACAGGAUGAAUAAAUGCAAAUCUGAACUCA